UCUCUUUCACUUGAAAAUCACACGAACUCUAAGCGGGCCAACUGGUGCUGAGCAAAGUUACUAUCUGUCGACAUUUCUUGUGCUUUCCUCGAUUUACAAAUGUCGCUCGCUCUCCCAGGCAGCUCACAAGUGUUGUUUGCGAAAUGCAGGCGUCAACAGGCGCGGGUAUGCAUUCGCAACUCGCCAGUGGUGAUCUUCACUCGUCGAGGCCAGCCGGCGCGGGCACUGCCGGAGAAGGCGGCGGGUAGCACGAUAGACAUCAAAAAGCUGUCGGACAUCAUCACGGCGCAGGCGCUCGACGGCGGGGAACAGCAAUACAAGCUGGAGGAGCUGGCCAAGGCGCUGGGCGAGCCGCUGGCGGUGGUGCGCAACAUGGCGUUCCGGCAGAAGGCGCUGCUGGGGCUGGAGGCGGCGGAGCUCAAGGCCAAGAUUGAGGAGGUCGCCAAGAUCGUUGACGUGUCGUACGAGAAGGCGCGGCAGAUGGCGGUCAUCCAGCCGCUGCUGCUGACGGAGACGCAGAAGCAGGCUGAGGCACUGUCCUACGGGCUGCGCAUCAUCUGCCAUGACCUAAAGGCGCCCCGGGAGGAGAUCGUUGACAUCAUCAUCAACAACCCCACGCUGCUGCACGGCCGCAGCAUGCGCCUGUCCGCUGCCGACAUGGCGCACCUGGCGCUGCUGCGCGUGCCGAAGGGCCGCAUCGUGGACUGAGCGGUGUGCCUCCGGCAGCGGCGAGGGCUGUAACCGUUGGGGAGGGCCGGUGUCGGCAGUGGACGCUGCGGCGCGCGGGUGAGCAGCGGCGGCUGGUGGGCUAUGGAGUGGCACUUGGCGGAUCAACGCGCGUUUGCAAGCGCGGGUGGGGAGUUGCUCUGUAUAUGUGAGCCGCUGUGUUGACCCCGCUGUAUGGACCAUACAAGCGCCUGAGGCUGGUUGGCUCGCAAGUCGUCGCACGACAGAGGAGCUGUGGAUGGCGGCACUCGUUACCCACCCGAAGGCAGCGCCAUACGUGUGCCGCCCAACUGGCUGCUGAGCCCCGUCUCAACAUGGUGGGGAUGGCUGACACCCUUGCCCCUUGUAUCUAUACGGUACAUGUAAUUUGAUGUGUUCUCCAGUUUGUGUAUCGAACAUGUUUCAAUUAUCCGGACUGCAUGGCUGCAUGUGGUGCGUGGAUACAUCGUGGUUCAGGAGGGAAGAUGUGUCGUGGAGUGAGGAUGUCGGAAUGUAACCAGCCUGAUGCAUGAGUGGGCACGAUGUGGGCACUGGGUAGCAACGGAGCACUGCACGGUGCUCUUCAGCAGCUUCCUUCCUGUAACGCUGUAGCUUC